CUUCGGGGGGGAGAAGGCAGCAAAGCCCCCCUCUCGCAAAACGUUCUAAAAACCCUAAUCCCGACCUCUCAGUUCCUACCUCAAUAGCACCGUCACCCCUCCUUCGCUCACGCCGUAGUCACCGCAUCUUCCCUCACUCCCAGGCGAUAUUAGUCUUGUGUUUUGAGAAAGUAUUGGCGGCUUGUUAGUAGAGAAUAUUUUCUUUGAGGCGUUUCGUAACUCGAGGAGUCUUUUAGCGAGCUGAGAAUGGCGAAGAAGGACGAGAAGACGCCGAAGAAGAGCAAGAGCGAGGCGGCGGGUGACGAGGUCGAGAAGACGCCCAAGCGGAAAAAGAGCGACGCGACAGCCGGCGACGAGCCGACGCCGAAGAAAAAGAAGUCGGAAGCCGCCGCCGCCGCGGGGAGCGACGGCGCGACGCCGAAGAAAUCGAAGAAGAAGGAGAAGGAGGGGGGCGACAAGGGCGCUAUAGCGGAGGCGGGAGCCGCGGAGGCGGAGGCGCUGAAGUGGCGGAACGUGUGCGCCAUCGCAAAGCCGCUGGCGGACCCGAAGUUUAACCAGAAAGUGCUGAAGCUCGUCAAGAAAGCGGCGAAGAACAAGGGGUUUCUACGCAGAGGAGUGAAGGAGGUUGCUAAGGCCAUUCGGAAGGGCGAAAGAGGCGUAUGUGUGCUGGGCGGCGAUGUGUCGCCCAUUGACGUCAUCUCGCACCUCCCCAUUGUAUGCGAGGAGGCCAACAUUCCCUACACCUAUGUGCCCAGUCGCGCUGACCUGGGCAAUGCUGCGAUCACAAAACGGCCCACAAGUGUCGUCUUGAUCCUACCGACUGCGUCAAAGGGGAAAGCAGCAGAGUUGGAGGAAGGGUUUGCUGAUGAUUUCAAAGUGGUGCAGGGUGAAUGCCAAGAGAGGCUCAACAAGUGGCUUCAAGAGAAAUGACAAUUGUGAUACCCUUAAUAUUUUCGGCUCUUACAGUUUGAUCUUUGUUUUCUAGCGCAAUCAACCUGCUUAAUUUCAUGAUACAGGUAGCUUCUUUCGCAUGGAAGGUAAGGCAUUGACGGUUGGUGGGAAAUGCAGCUGAUUCUUAUUUUACCAGCUUAUGGUUGACGCUUUUCUCCGAGU